UUCCCGCUCGUUGCCGCCCUCCAUUCCUUUCUUCUCGCGUGACUUUUGUCGACGGUAACGACUGUAUCUUUCUGGUUCCUUUCUAGCAGUUGCAUUGACUAUGGCGAACUAUGGCAUUUCCGCGCGCCUGUUGCGCCUGGCCCGUCCAAAGCGCUUCUUCUACACGAUGACGCUCUCGACGGGCGCCAGUCUCAUUACCCUCUCGAUGCUGGUCAACAAACUUGCCGGCCUCUACGGCAUUCUUGCGCUGUUCACAGGCUACCACCUCUCGCCCUUCCAGCUGUCCAUGUACAUCUACUCCACCAUCGCACUCGUGCUUACCGCAUACCUGGCGCGACAUAUCCGAAAACAGUCUCCUCUACAAUGUCUUGCGCUGGCGUGGUUCUAUGUUCUCGACAGUAUCGUUAACGCCGCAUAUACCGCUGUCUUCGCUGCGACAUGGUUCUUGGUGCUGGCACAGCAUGAUGCGGGGAAGAGCGACAAGAAAGGACCAGGCGCAUCGACCAUGGAUGAAGUAUCAGGAUUCACAGAUCCCCAACUCAACGUUUCAAGAGUCGAAGUCGUUGCUACACCUCAACCUCCCUUGGCAGGUUCUGGUCAGGACGCUGUGGCCGGCGGAGUUCCUGCCGCCAAUGCCGCGAGCAGCGGUAGCAACGGCGCAUUGCAGUCCGCCGUGCUAGACAGCCAGAACAUGAACUCUGUGGGUGUCAUCAUCGCCAUGUGGACCAUUCGCGCGUAUUUCUGCCUGAUCAUGCUCGCCUUCGCUCGCAUGGUGAUCCGACAACAUAUCGCCUCUACCGGGUCCAAGACGAGCAUUGAUUACACCGCGGCAUCAACAACCGCGCAGUUAGCGGAGAACCCGUUCUCAGAGAGCAGACCAGAGGGAAAGGGCUGGCGAGGCAAACUUGGUCGAUUUAUGAUUGGCAUUGGCCGAAGUUACUGGUUGGGCAGUGACGAGGAUGAUAGCUGGAUGUAUGGCAUGGGUGGGAAGUUCCGAAAGAGUGGUGUCGCUGGCGAGGACAGUGGGUUCAUGCUCAGUAAAAUCGAGAGUGGGCCUACUGAGAGGGAGAGGAGAAGACGAUCGGGAACGGGACCGCCAGCACCGGCCUCGGGUGUUGUCCCUGGUGUUGCUACGGUGGAGGGAGACAAGAUGACAUUGCAGGUUCCUCCGCAGAACGUGUAGGGCUACAGAGUGCUAGCCGAGGAGCGGGUGUGCAAGAGAAUGACGCUACAGGUUGGAGAAAGAGAUGGUUGUGAGGUCGCCCCGCGCAUAAGGGGACCCAUCAAACACGUUGUAUACAAUCGGUAUCAGGGCGUUACUAAGGGCACUGUUUCAACUGGCAGGGAACAUGUUGGAAUGGCUCGCAACGACGAAGAGCAGUUGGGGACGCAUAUCUAUAGAUCUAAUGGAUGUCGGGUGCGCAGACACAAUGAACAGCCGAAAUUCUUGCUGACCAAUAUGGACGGGAUCGCCUCGGACAGUUUUACGUCUUCCUUUGCAUGUUAUGCUGCGGUGAAGCAGAGACCGUGCUGCAGGUCUAUAAUCAGACGUAAAGAAGUAGAGGUCGAUAUCAGGAUGAAUGGGCG